AGGAUGAUGCUAUGCUAAAAUGCUAACACUUUUCCGGGUUUUGGCCUACAUAAAUGCAGCCCACAUAAAGUGAUUUAUUCUAGUAGAUCAUACUCCUGCAUCCACAUUCUUUUUAUGGUCUAGGAAAAACAUAACUAAUAGACCUAACACCAUUUCUACCACUAAAACGACCUCCAAAAAAAAUUAAAUAAUAAUAAAUAAAUAAAUUAGUCUGUAAACCUUUAUCACAUCUAUGAUUCUUGAGAUCUUCAUAUAAAUGUUAUUCCAGAACCAACAAGUAUGUAGCCUGUCAUAUUUGGGUAAAUCACAUUCAUCUGUUAGCAUGUUAGCAUUCUAACUGGGUUUACCUCAUAUUUCUGUCUAGGACUGGCAGGACCAGCAUGUUGACCUACAAAAGUUCAGUCUAGCUAUGCCUGCUUUUCUACGCCGGUCACGAUGAAGGCAUCACCACAGGGAUCAUUUCAAUCAUGAUGACAUGAAUACAGAGACAAGAAAGAAGGAUCACAUCCACGUUUUGGGCUUCUACCUGGGCGAUUGGGUGUGUCAUGCCAUUAAAAGUCAACCAGAGCAGUUCAUUACUUUAACAAGUUUCUUAGAUGAGCAAAGUCUUGUUGCAGAGGUGCUCCAGAAAGGCUUUGGUGGCAUAGCGGUUGUCUUCAUAGAUUUGGACGUCUUCUAUAACUCCAUAUGUGCGCAUCUUACUCAGGAUGAACGAGCGAUUGUUGAAUCAAAGGUGAUUCUGCAUUCACAUCAUGUACACAGACGUCAGGAGCAUGGUGGUCAUCAUCACAGCAGGAGCCAUCACCACAGCCAUCACCACCAUCAUCACUCACUUCUUCCUAAUGGCAGCAAUGGUCACCAUCACCAUGGACAUCAUCAACAUGGACAUGGUCAUGGUCAUCGUCACCAUGGUCGCCAUCAUCACCAUCACCACCACCACCAUCUUCAAAUAAUUCCUCAAAGAAACAUAACCGUGGAAGAACAGGAUGAUGUGGAGUGAUCUUAAUAUGUAAUACAAAAAUUUCUUCUGAUUAAUGAUAAUGAGCGACGUCGUAGAAAUUUGGUGUUUUAAGCUUGCCAAGUCCCUAUAUAUAUAUAUAUA